AUGAAGACCGCACAAGAUCUGCUGUACGGUGACGAGCGGGCGAGAGGCAGUUCGGCCGAUCCGGCAGUGCGGCAUGGCGCUCAAUCUUUGACAAUCUCGACGAGCAACCUGCAUAAGGCCCAUGCUGCGUCACAUUCACUCAGCUCGAGUCUGUCUGCUAGCAGCAACACGCCUACGGAUGAUACAUUUGGUCUGAAGCGUCGUACAUUGUCUGCUUCGCCGCGCUCGCCUCCUCGCGGGGUUGCGCAGCUCUCGCAAAGUGAGGACGCGUUUGGCACGACGACUGCAAGAGGCCAUCGCCUCAGCGCCAGCGUCGCUUCAUCCGCUGGGGGAGACAUAGGUUCGACUGUACUUCAGCUUGCCACGCCUACUUUCCACGAUCGCGAACCCCGGCUCACGGCGCAGCCCUCAUGGUCCAAUCUCACGACUGAGAGCACCGACCAAUUUUACGACCCAGAGCAUGAUGAUUCUAACGACAUAGCAGCUUACGAAACAUCGACAACGUAUCAUGACGCAUUCAACGAUAGACUAGACGAAGAUCAAUUUGAUUUGUAUACCAACGGCCUCGAAAAAGGCGCUCGCAUAGAGCGAUCUCGUCCCCUCGGACGCGGUCUGCAGCGGCGUCUGACAGCCUCACAGCAUGACGGACUGUCGAGAAGAAAGACACUGCUGAGCUCGGCCGCUCAGACCUUACGCAAAGCUUCUGUGCGCGUCGUCAACGUUGCUGGGCGCGAUGUCGUCGAGGCUUCCCGCCACGCUCAGAGAUUGGCCGAUCAUGAUGACAGUCUCGAUACGUCCGGCUUCGAGACGCCCGUCGUGACACUCAGCUACACAUACAAGCUAAAUUCGCCGCUCAAAGGCAAUACGCUGCUCGUCUUUGGGCCAGAGAACAUCAUACGCCGAGCAGCGUUCAGAGUACUCAAGCUGCCAUGGACAGAGCCGAUCAUACUGCUGCUCAUCGUGGCAGACACUGUGUUUGCGGUCAUUCAGAAUUCUCGAAGCGUCUAUGAUUACCCCAGGCCAACAAGAGCAGGUUACUUCCAGGACUGGACAGACUAUGCGCGCUUCAGUGUCAUGUGCAUCUUCACCCUUGAAAUCGCGUCCCGCAUAAUCGUGUCUGGCUUGAUCAGCAAUCGCAUCGAUGACCGUGCGCAAAGUCGAGCGAGACCGACAGAGUCACUCCAGUGGUCGCCGCCGCGCGCCAUGUACAAACACAAGACUGAGACAGUCGAGUCUUUUCUGGAUUCAAAGGCGCCCAGAAGCAAUGCCUACUCCCCUGCGACAGCACUAGACUCUGCUGCGCCGUUCGAUCUCGGCAGCUAUCCGCCCCCUUCGAUGCCCUGGCGUAGCAGACCAUUCCAAGAAGCAAUACAAAAGCAGCACCAGAAUGUCUCGACAGCCUAUCUGCGACACUCUUGGAAUCGGAUCGAUUUCGUCGCCGUCUCUUGCUUCUGGUUAUCGUUCAUAUUGGCCAGCGUUGGUAUCGAGCAGCGCGACGAUUUGUAUGUGUUCCGUGCAGUGUCAGUCCUGCGGGCCAGUCGAUUGUUGGCCAUCACGUCUGGCACGUCAAUCAUCCUGCAUUCCCUCAAGGUUGCAGGCCCGAUGCUUGCCAACGUUGCUCUUUUCGUGGCUUUCGCUCUGCUCAUCUUCGCCAUUGUAGGUACGCAAGCCUUCCAAGGGAGCUUCAAGCGAUCUUGUCUCUUCGUGGAUCCGCUAGGUCUCAGCAAUAUCACGCUCGGUCAGCAUUGCGGAGGCUAUAUCACGACGAACGGACAAACGCUGCCUUACAUCUCGACAGUCUCGACAUACAUCACGCCCAACGCCAAAGGGUUCAUCUGUCCAGUCGGUCAGCUCUGCAUGGAGACCGGCAAUCCGUUCAAUGGAACACAAAGUUUCGACUUUUUCGUGCCAGGGUUGCUGCAGACCUUUGUCGUUGCGUCUGCCAACACAUGGAGCAGCGUCAUGUACGAAAUGAUGGACGCAGACUUCUUUAUCUCCUGCCUAUGGAGCUUGGCCAAUAUUAUACUGUGCAACUUCUGGCUCAUCAACUUACUCGUAGCUGUCAUCACCAACACCUUUGGCACCAUCAGGGACCAUAAUCAAUCUGCUUUUGCCGACAAAACGUCUUCUGCAGAAAUCAGUAACACCCCUACGGCCGAGCGACCAGCUACAAGCACUCGCUUAAGUACACUGUGGAACAAAACCCGGUUUUUCUGGAUCGGGCUCGUCUUACUCGAUCUCUGCUUCCAGGCCCUCAAGACGGACGAUAGCAGUCCGCAGAAGCUGUGCAUUCUUGACUGGGCAGAGCUUUGCAUGACCAUCGCAUUCGACGUCGAGAUCUUCUUGAGAUUGUCUGCCUCAUUUCCAGAUUGGCGGACUUUCUGGCAGAGUGGCCAAAAUCGAUUCGACUGCUUCUUAGCGAUCGUGACAAGCUUCAUUCAACUGCCCUUUGUGCACAAUCACAGACAGGUGUAUGGCUGGCUUUCGUGCUUUCAGCUCAUGCGUUUCUAUCGAGUAGUCCUCGCUCUGCCCCGGUUGCGCGCACUGCUAGUCAAAGUUGCAGCGAGCAGCUCAGCCCUUUUCAAUAUGAUCUUAUUCCUUAUGCUCAUCAAUGGCCUGGCAGCUCUUGUGGCGACCGAGAUGCUCCGCGGCGUCAUCCCUGCUCAAGAUGAGAACGGCAACGAUAUCGAACACACAUUCUUUCAACUGUACAACGGCUUCUUGUCGAUAUAUCAGAUCUUCUCAUCCGAGAAUUGGACGGAUGUCUUGAACGCUGCGAACGCUGCGACCGCGGUUCAUCGACAGGCCAUCCUGGCCUCAGUCUUGCUGGCCGGCUGGUUCUUCGUGUCCAACAUGAUCGUUCUACAAAUGUUCAUUGCCGUCAUCCAAGAAGGCUUUGACGUGCCAGAAGACGAGAAGCUUCGUCGACAGACGGAAGCGUUCCUCGAGCGCGGAACGACUCACACGCUCGACAACAGCUGGUUUCGUCGAUUCCAUCCCUACCAUCGACCGGCCGACAGCCUCAGCCAUAUGUCGGGCGAAAAUCGUGCGUCUCUCUUUGCACUGAAGAUGCUGAGUAACAAAGGCGAUCAUUCUACGCUGCCGUAUGAUGGUGAUUCGCCCAGCAGUCCGGGGGAGCACGGGCGGAAGAGCCGAGCCUCAACCUUUUAUGGCGGCCUCGGCAUCGGCACAGAGGAGGAUGCGCUCGACGAAGUAGAAGUCCAUCGUCAGCUCGCUGUCCUAUCGUCGCUACGGCCGGGCUACAGCGAAGGACCCCAAGUUCAGCAUGCAGACGAGGACUUCUUAGCAGCACGGAUGAUCGAAGCAUAUCCCACCUAUGAUCGCUCGCUGUGCCUGUUCCAACAUGACAAUUACAUUAGGCGUAGAUGCCAAGCAAUCGUGGCUUCCCCGUAUGGCAGCCGUCUACGAGGGCGGCCUGCAAAAUCGAGGCUACGCUUCAUUUUCGACAGCAUUGUCUUCGCAGCCAUCGUUGGCUCUAUCGCUAUCGGUGCGGUCGCCAGUCCCGUCUUUCGCCGGCAAUACUUCGUCACGCAUGGCACGAUGCGACUCGCUUGGUUUGAUCGCAUAGAGAUUGGGCUCGGUCUCAUCUUCUUUGUCGAAUUUUUGGUCAAGAUCGUCGCCGAUGGCUUGGUCUUCACGCCAAAUGCGUAUUUCCGCAGCAUUGGCAACCGUAUCGACUGCUUUGUGCUUCUGACCUUGAUCGUCAACGUCUCUACCACGCUCAGCGGCGGCGCCGCUAGCAAUAAAUUCACACGUUCGCUCAAGGCAUUUCGUGCACUCCGUCUUAUAAACUUCUCGCAGACGAUGCGGCAGACCCUCGUCGAUGUCCUCAUAACCGGUAUAGGCAGGAUUCUCGAUGCGUCCCUGCUGGCACUGCUCUACAUGGUGCCAUUUUCCGUUUGGGCCCUGAAUAUAUUUGCUGGGCAGCUUUACUCGUGUAAUGACCCGAGCGUCGCAACACGAGAGCAAUGUGUUGGCGAGUACGACGCCAGCACUGUAGGUGGCUACACCUAUCGCGCCUCACGGGCCUGGACUAAUCCUCAGUGGAACUUCGACAACUUUCAAUCAAGCUUGCUGAUACUCUUCGAGGUUGUCUCGCAAGAAGGCUGGAUCAACGUACAAGAGUCACUCAUGGCAAUCACAGGACGCGGACUACAGCCUCAGCCCAAUGCUUCGCAAGCCGCUGGCAUCUUCAUGGUCAUCUACAACCUGCUGGGAGCAGUCUUCGUCCUGACCCUCUUCGUCACCGUCAUCAUUCAAAAUUACGCCGAUCGGUCUGGGGCGAGUUUCUUGACAAGCGAACAGAGGCGAUGGAUUGACUUGCGGAAGCUACUAAUGCGACAGGCGCCCUCGCGACGUCCGAAGCAGCGUCCAUCGACGCCAUUCGGUUCUUGGUGCUACGAUCGAGCGACACAAAAGCAUGGCUAUUGGUCUCGCUUUAUGACUACACUGUACAUUGCGCACAUAUGCCUGCUGCUCACUCAGGGGUACGGUAAUCCCACCUGGCUGGUCAUGUCGCGCGAUCUGAUCUUCGUCUCGCUUACGUUCUUCUACCUCGCCGAUAUCGUCGUGCGAUUAGUCGGCAUCGGUCUCGUCAUGUUUAGAAAUCAUUGGUCGACCUACGAUCUCCUGUGUGUCUGCGGACUGUUUGGCACUACGUUCCCAGUCUUGCUCAACACCGCGAACGAGGCAACGCUCCAAGCUCAGAAGCUGUUCCUUGUGCUUGUUGCUCUGAAGCUUGUUGCGAAAAAUGAUCAUCUCAACCAGCUCUUCAAGACAGCGGCAGCUAGCCUGCCGGCGAUUGUCAACUUGCUCGGCCUCUGGCUCGUCCUCUUUUUGGUCUGGAGUCUGGCUUACCUGGAGAUCUUCUCUCUGACGAUCUGGUCGACCUCCGAGACUUGGAACCAGAAUUAUUCGAGCUUCCCCAAAGCACUCUUGAUGCUGGCCAUCGCGAGUACUGGUGAAGGAUGGAACACCUUUAUGCACGACUACACGGUCCAUGCACCAUACUGCACGUCUUCGAGCAAUUACCUGUUCAAUGACUGUGGCAGCCCAGCUUGGUCAUACAUUCUCUUCAUCUCAUGGAACAUCAUCUCGAUGUACCUCUUCCAGGCGCUCUUUGUGGCCGCUGUCGUCGAUAACUUCUCUUAUGUUUUCCGGCUACGCGGAGAAGCUUCGAAAGCGAUAAACCGGGAAGCGAUGCGCAAGUUCAAAAAGGCCUGGUCCGAACUCGACAAAGGCAGAACAGGCUUUCUGCCGCCCAGCAAGUUCGCUGCGCUGUUCUCACGAUUGUCAGACGUGUUCGAUCUAGCAGUAUAUGAGCCACAGUAUCGAGUUCAUGCUCUCCGAGACGGCGCACGGGCCGCAGAUAGUCGGCAGGGCGACAUCGAUACGAGCAAAAUGUGGCACCUUCUCGAAGCCAUGGAUGUCCAGCGUGUAGUCGCGCGACGGAAGACUUACAAUCGCAUCUUCAUGGAAGCCAUCACGCUACAAGAGUCUCCGAAGGGUGUCGCUUUCAACAGAAUGUUGCUGCUCCUCGCUCAGCACACCCUCAUCGUCGAAAACGAUGCACUGCAAAUCGACGAGCUGAUCGAACGAAAGGCCGUGCGCGCUCAUAUCGAUGAUCUCGUUCAGUUAGAGCGUAUCAAAGGAAUGCUACGAUCCGUCUACUGGCGACGUCGCCUUCUGGCUUCCAGGCGAGCGCGUGCUUUGCAGCUUGCUGCAGAGGUACCAGCGAUACAGAUUAUCAACAGUGACAACCCAGAUUCACCGCGUCGGACGCCUCGGCUCACGCUCGAUCUUGAUGCUGCGAUGCGUAGUCAAGACGGCGGCCUACCUACUGCGACACCGCAGAGCUCCGUCGGCCCAUCGCCUCUGUCAGCGAGUCAGGUCCGCUUUGUGGACGCGAUGGAAACGUCCGUCUGGACCAGGGUAGGCGAACGCUCAUCCAUGCAGGAGUAG